GACAGAUCGAAUCUACCGAUAGUCGGACCGCAUGAUUCGAGGGAAAUCAUUCAAGAAAGAAAGCAAAAAAGAAAAUACAUGAUCCAAAAUUAACGAAAGAAAUGGGAAAAGAAAAUCGGCCUUUUCGGUUGGGAACCCAAGGAGGGGGGCUCGGUUUUGCAUUCUUUGCGUCUUAUACCCUCGAGGCAUAUAUCUUACAUGAUCGGUUCUGCAGAAAAAAGUUCGCAUGGCUACAUCCUUACACAUACAUAGAUAGAAUUUCGCUCGAUGCAACUUCCUUAUCUUCGGCUGGUUUGUUUGUCCAAAGCGGCGGAGGCGGGGGGGAAGCAAUCACAUAUUCGUGUACAUAUAAAGCUCGUAUUCGCAUUUGCAUCUGCCUUGGGUUUCCACAUUCCCUGACCGACAUAACAUCCGGAUGAUACUUUAUGGUUAGCAAUACUUCCCCAUCUGUCUGUUCAGUCCUUGCUGCUAGUUACAGUCUUGUAGAUGCAGGUACUUUGGAAAUCAGAAAUAGAAAUCUAUAGGGGAGCAGGUUUGUCUUUGUCAGGGUAGAACCGAGCCGUUCGAACCAACAUACACCACGAACGACUGAUCGGCUUCAAGG